AUGAGUCUUCUGGACCAACUCACCAAGUUCUCCAAAAGCUCGCUGCGCCGCACGGAAACUCACGUGAGAACUGUGGACGGGCGAGAGUUCGUCGAGUCACGUGACGAAAAGGGACGCUCAAACUUGACCCCUGUAGGUGCUAAGGACUAUGGGUGGAUCGGUGACGUCAAACCUGACCUACAAGUCGCAAAAAUUCGUCCAGGAUCGCAAGACGUAACUGUGCGUCCAGAGUUGUUCCGAUCUAACAACAUAACUCACGUUCUUAACGUCGCCGCUGGCGUUGAAACCGAAACAUUUCCCGACGCCUUCACGUACAAACAUGUUCCCAUCCUGGACCUUCCCGACACCAACAUCACCGCGUUCUUCCCCGAGUGCUUCGCAUUUAUCAGUGCAGGAGUGACCUCUGGCGGUGUUUUUGUGCACUGCAAUGCUGGCGUGUCCCGUGCGGUUUCUAUCGUUGUUGGUUACCUAAUGACGACAGAGGGGUUAAGUUUUGAAGAUGCUUACAGACAAGUUAAAGAGAUUAGGUCCAGUGCAAGACCUAAUGAUGGUUUUAUGAAACAGUUAAAAGAAUACAAGCCAUCGGAGUAA